CAAAAUGGCGCCAAAAAUUUCGUUCGAAUAUUCUCUACGCUUGUUUGCAAAUUUUCCCUUCUUUUGACAGGAUUUUGUCUAUGUUCGUGGACUUUAGCACUUUUCGUAGUCUAGUGGACUUCUUCAUGUUGCGAAGAAUUGAAUGUUUUCAGGAGAAAGCGAUUUUCUAACCGCGUUUGAUUCGCGGGGAACGCGGAGGUCAGUCCAUUUCAACUACAAUGGUGGGCGAAGAGACCGAGAUUAAAACGCUGGUGAGUGGUUUUGAAUAUCUAGUUUUUUUGUCUCAUAUUUCUUCUUUAUUUUUGACUAAAAGUUUUAACGAUCAAAUAAAUCAACGGUUCAGCUGGUGAAAGCCUAGAGAAACAUACAAUAUGUUGAACUUCCACUUCGUCAUGUACCAUUGAAUUGCAAUAAUUAUUUAAUAGAACUUUUAAGCUUAAAAGUCUUAAUUGACUUAGUUUUCAUACAAGUGUGACCAUUCUAGUUACACUGCAAGAAGUAACAAUCAACGAGUUCUGAAAUGAGGGGAAGAUUGCAAUAUUAUUUUGAACAAUAUUAGUAAUACAGUUAAACCUAACGUAUAAUAAGCGACUACCCUUGGGGAAGGAAAAAGUGGUUGCCUGCCAACUGAAAAGAUGUUGUAUUUUCUUGUUUUUAAGUGACAUGCUGACAAUUUUCUCCACUGGUAUUGGCAGAGGUUUAGCUGUUGUACUAACAAUAAUAAAAAUAACAAAAAGCAACAGUAACUGCAACAACAACAACAACAACAACAACAACAACAGUAACACUAAUUUCAAUAAUAAUACUCUUAAGUAUUAAUUUUAUAAUGGCUCACUCAGUUCGGCCAUCCCCUUUUUUUUCAUUUAGUGUUGAAUGCAUUUUCUGAUAUUGGGCCGGUCAGUUGGAUUGAAAAAAAAAACCUAAACUGCGUCGUUCCUUUUUUUUUUUUUUUUUUGAAAAUGCCAAAAACUUGGGUCAGUCAGAUGACACUAAACGGAGAAAACAAAGAGGAUGGCCUUAAUUCCAAUAAAUUUGUGCCUAUCCUCUGGGCUGUUGUUAGGAGUUUUUUGUUUUUCAUUGGAAAACUGCAAAAUAUUGUAAUGCCUCUAAGGCUCAUGUGAAAAAUCUACUUUUGUCGUUCACAAAAUGAUAUGUAACAUUAGAAAUAUACCAUAAUUGUAAGCACCUUGCAACUCCUUUGGCGUAUGUGAAAGGAUCGUCUUAAAUUUGCCAAUCUUUACAGGAAUCAAAUGAUCUAUGAUUGAAGCCAAUAGGCCGUUUUACAAUAUAAUGGAUGGAAGCGAGGGUGACAGUGACCUUGUUUUGAUAUAAACCUUCCUGCUUUAUUACGUAAAUCAAGUUAUUUUUAUGUUUACUAGUAUUUUUAAACAGCAAUUUCCAUAACAAAGCAAGGGAGGUUUGUAUCAAAAGAGGGUCAGCGCUGUUAGCCUCACAUUCACCUGUAGGCAAGGGUACUCAGUCCACAAGUUUAGAAUGGUCUAUUGUCAUGUGUGUAUGUUGUGGUUUAGUUUUAUUCUUGCUUUAAGAUGGAAUCCACCAGGAAAUUGAGUAAAUUUAUUUCAGUGGACAAAAACCUUGUACCAGAACAAUUUGAAUAAUAUUGCAUUCGUUUUUACAUUUUUCAAGGGCUAAAGAUGUAAUUAUUCAUCUGUAAUAACACCAAAGCAGGGUUGUCAUUAAGAGCCGGGGGCCGGGGAUUUUCCCUGGCUACUAAGAGAGUGGCCCCCUGCUACUUUAUUGGAAAAUAGAAGAAAAAUAGAACCAAAAGAAAUCCCUAGCCAUUUGAUUCCCCGCCUACUUGUUGUAUUUACCCGGAAACUUGAAAUCUUAGUGACAACCCUGCCAAAGACUAUUUCUCAUGGGAGUCCCAGAAAAUGAAUGUCAAAUUUCACAAGAAUUGUGAAAACACAGGUAAAAUUCUGAAAAUUUAAUGUGUAAGAUGUCAUUUUGUGAAAUUUGACAAUUUUCUCGGGCUCCCACUAGAAAUGUUCUUUGGUGUUAUUACAGAUGACUAAUUACAUCUUUAGCCCUUGAAAAAUGUAAAAAAGAAUGCAAUAUGCUUUAAAUUAUUCUGGUACAAGGUUUUUUUCCACUGAAAAUUAAAAUUACUCAAUUUCCUGGUAGAUUCUGUCUUACAUUUGUGUACUUUCUUUCCCUUUAUCUCAAUCUCAAUGUCAUAAUAUUACCAUACCCCAAAACAAAACAAAAAAUGUAAACCAAGAAUAAAAUUGGACCACAACAUGUAUUUUGUUUCCUUUCACAGCCUGAUGCAACAGAUAGAAGUCCAAAGGGAAUGAAGAAGUGUGGAUUGAUUAAUUCAUUUUUUAAACCUGUUGUUAAAUCAAAAGAAAAUACAGAAUCAAAGUCAGAAACUGAAACAUCAGCAAGUGUUAGCUCUGAUGAUGAUGGUAAUAAGAAGGACAAUGCUGAAAUCAUUCUAGAAUCUAAUCAGUCAGGUUUAUUUGAGCAAAAGGAAAAGUGCUCUAACUCAAAAUCAUACCCUGAUAACGAACUGUCAUCUCAGGAAGAGCAUGUUGGUGUGAAAUCUAAGCAAACAAAAGCUAAGUCUUCUAUAACCUGCUCUGUUCAAAAUGCCUCAAACAUUUUGAGUAGUUCAGGAUCUGAAUUUGAAGAUGAUGGAAGGAGUUUGCUCACAGCAAAAAGUAAAGAACGACAAAAGUGCAGGAAAAAUAAUGAGAAAGCUGGAAAAGGAAGUGAAUUUGGUGCUCAGGAAGUUGAGGGAAAGAAUGUUGUAAAUGAUGGAGAAAAGGCAGUUAAGAAACCAAGGACGUUGGUCAAGAAAGGGAAAAAAGGUACAGGAACUGGAGGCAACUGUACCAGAAGUUCAGAACAGUCUGGUCAAGACAAAAACAAAAAUGUAGAUGGCAAAGAGAGAGAAAGUAGGUCUGUUGGAAAUUAUCAGUCAAAUGAUUCAAACAAGACCUCUGUGGAACCUGCUUUUGAUCAACACAUUGAAUUAAAAGCAGAACAAAAUAGUGAAGAAAAUGAAGCAAGAGAUGCAUUGAGAAGUAAAGGGACCACAGUAAUUAGGACUAGUGCAUUUGAUGUCUUGAUGAAAAGUCAAAGAGCUCAGAAAACAGACAGUCAUAGCACUGAAAGCACGCCAUCUGAGGCUUUGCAAUCAGAUGCAAUACCUUGUGACACCGUAGAGGAUAACUCAUGUUCUUGUGAAAUAACUGAUGUGAAGGAAAAUCUUCAGUCUAAAGAAACUGCUUCUUGUCAAUCAAAGUCAUUAACAGAAGAAUCUUCAUCUGAUAAAAGUGAAAUUGACAGUAGUCACAGAACUAAUGCUUUUGAUUUCUUGAUGAAAAAAGGGAAGUUUGUUAACAGUCCUUGCACUGAAGACUCACAAGCUGAGAUGGAAUUAGAGUCUGACGCCACAGGGGACUUUGAACAGUCACUGAAAAAGAAACCCAAGAAAAAGACCUUUGAGUUUCAGCUCAGUAUACGUGCUAGUAACAAAAAGGACAUUGAAAUUUCAUUUGAAUCUGAAAGUGUCAGUUCUGAUACUUGUCAAGAGAAAGCUCAAGAGAAAAGCAAAAAGAAAAAGAGAAAAAGCAAAACUGACAGCAUGUCUGCUGGUGAAGGCAAAAGUGAUCAUUCUUUUGUCAAUGAAAAGAGUGAUGAAGGGGAUUUUUGCAAAUCCAAGAAAGUAGGAAAAAAGUCCAAAAUUAAGAGCAAAGUCAAGAGCAAGCAAGAUUCAGCUGAUGUUUCCCUUCUUGAGGAGCAUUCUGAAGAGGAAAAUAAGAAUGAGGUUCAGAAGAAAAAGAGAAGAUCAGGAAGAAAAAGUGCCUCCAAUGUGGGCGCAAUGGAUUUGGAUUCUAACUACCCAGAUGAUGCCAAAGAGUUUGAACCAGCAGGCAAAAAUGUAAGGAAAAAGGAAAAGUAUCAGGGGAGCAAUGAGGAGAAUCAUGGUGAUAUCAAAGGGAAUUCCAGGAGGAAAAGAAAAGCUAAAAGAAGUGAUGCUAGUGCCAGCAAAAAAGCUGAGGAGAAAAUAGAGCUGGAAACUGUUUCUGAUAACCAGAGGGAAACCAGCGGUAGCAGAGGUAAGACUAUAAAUUGAGAUUUGAAAAGAAUGAACUAUUAUUUCUUGACUAAUUUACAUAAGUUAGAUGUGUCAUUAAUUUUAUCAACACAUUUUACUGGUGUACCAGUCAGUUACAUUGUAAUAAGAAAAGCUCUUAGUUUUUGUGAGACUGCCAGAAACUUUUUUAGGCAAUUGAAGGGAUUUUGUACGUCAACUGGAUUUUUCUGAUGCAGGAGCCUUCCACUUUUACUUGGGGUGAGUGGGGAGCAAGAAGAAAAGGAACCACCUUUUUUGUUCUCAAAGGAAUUAGAACUUGAAUGGAGCAGUCAGUCUGGUUGUUUACAAUACAGUACCACUCAAAAGUAAAAAUAAUUGAGGAGACUUGAUUCUUGUGUCUUGAAACUCGAACGAACUGGGUUCUCGAGUCUCAAGAUGUAAGAAUCAAGUUCUCGAGUUUCGAGAAAGCUGCAUUUUUGAAGUUUAUUUGGUAAAAUCUUCAAAAGAAAGUAAUUUUUAUUACAGUCAAAGCUCUGCUUGCGACCACUCUUGUUAGCAACCAGCUCUACUUAUGACCCCCUUUGUGAAACCUCGUUUGAACUGUGACUUAAACUUAAUUGUAAUAAAAAACUCCCGUAAGCAACUGCUCCUGACUGGACUUUCCCUUGUUUUUAAGUUCUCGUAAGCAAUCACUCAGAGUCUUAUUCAUAUAAAUCGACACUUUGAAGAAGCUGCACACUGCGCUUAUGGUUCUAAUAUUUGGACCUGAGGUUCUUUCAGUCUAAAAAAUUGGACAUAAAGCUUACUAAACAUACCCUGGGUGCCAGAGACUUUUCAUGCAUGGUUUCCAGUGUUCAGUUAAAUCUUUACAGUGACUUCGGCCUGUGGCCGACACUGAAGCAUCCUGCUGCACGUGAGAAAAAAUCUCUGUUACUCAGGGUGUGUUAAACAUUGAUUUUGAUUGUUUUUCUUUAUGAAUACUAAUGAUUUUCAGAAGCUCUCCUAAGUGAACACCCUCUAUUGUUUUACCAUGCGGUGGCUUAUGAGAGCUCAUUCUUGUAAGCGACCAGCUCUGGUUAUGACCACUUUUUCGAAUUUCUGAGAUGGUCGCUUACGAGAGCUUUGAUUGCUCUUGAAAAAUUCAGCUGGUGGCUGAGCAAAUUAUUGUCUUGUCAGUAUGGGUGUGAUUGCUCAGAGAUGUCUUUUUUGUUUAAUAUUUUCUUUCAGAUCCCAAACCUUUAGCAGCCAUAUUCCUCAAGAAACCAGCAGCCUCCUCUAAAACUGAAAUCACGCAAGAAAACCAGGCUAUUGGCAGUCCAGGUAGAUCAGCUUCAUCCAGUUUAACGUGUCCAUCAAACAUUUCAACUGAUGCUAAAGACAAGCAGAAAACAGUUGACAAAGAACUUCCUCGGAACAAAGAAAAGUCUGCUGAAGAGAGAGAAGCAGCAAACAGGGCAUUCAAGGCUCUCUUCACAGGUGCAAGCUCCCAAAAGGCAGCUCCUUCUGUUAAUGUUAUUGAGGCACUUCCUGUUGACAAAGAACUUUCCCACACCAGUGGCAAGUCUACCAAACAAAGUGUUGACAAAGAAUCUACUCAAUCCAAGGAAACGUCUGCUGAAGAAAAGGAAGCAGCUAACAGGGCAUUCAAAGCUCUGUUUACAGGUGCAAGUUCCCAGAAGACAGCCACUUCUGUUAGUGUUGUUGAAGCAUGUCCUGCUCCUUGGCCAUCAGUUAGUCAUGUGUUGCAAAAAGAUGAAGAUUUUUCUUCCAAUGAAAGUUUUUGGUGUCUUCCUUGGCCUGUUGGAAAGGAUUGUAAAUUUGAUGUUUCCUUACACUGCUAUUUGCUUUCAGAACGUAAGUGAAAUGUACUUGUACCAUUCAAUGAAUGAUUAUUUUCAUUGAUUAUUUUUUAUGAUUAUUUUUAUUUUUAAUGAAAUGGUUUAUCAGAAUCAAUCAGAAUGUACCAUUACAUUGUAUCAAACAAGCAGAUACUGUUUUUACAGUUUUUUAAUACUGAAUCGAGCAUUUAUUUGCUGAUAUUGUCCUGGAUUUAACUUUAUAGGGGUUUACCUUAUUUGUAAGCAACUUAUACUGGAGCUGUCCCUAAUUAACAUAUAUAAUUAACUGUUUUAAAUAUUAUUGGUGUUGGAUGACAAUGCUCUGCUAUACCUCUUUUAUUGGAAAGUUUGGGGGACUGUUGUUUCCUGUUGGGCGAAAUUUCAUGUCUGCACUUACUCUUUACCAACCUAAGGCCCAGUGAAGCACCUGUUACUACCCCCACCCACCCCCUGCCCUGCCUCUCUGGAUGGGGUGCGUCUCUAUCACAGGGUUAUCCACAUUGGUACGCUAUAUGUCUGUGGUAGUAUUUAUACUAACAUCAGACAGAAGAGGGAGAGUGGAUCAGGGCUGACUGCCAUUAAGAGCCCGGGGCUGGGAUUUCCCCAGCUGCUUUGAAUGUGGCCUCCUGCAGCUACUUUCAUAGGAAAGGAGAAGAAAAGUAGAAUCAAAAGAAAUCCCUAGCUGUUUGAUUCCCUGCCUACUUGUUACAUUUACCCGAUAACUUGAAGUCUUAGUGGCAACCUUGGUGGAUUCAAAUAAAUAUUUUUUCUAAGAAACAACACAACGACAAGGCUUGAACUUGUACCGAGAGAUCUAAAGUUAAUGUUAUUGUUUGGCCACCACACCUCUACCACUUAACUGAAUGAGUGCUACUUAUUAUCAAUGACUCUUCUUUAUAAAAUUCUUAACUCAUUAAUUUCUCUCAACUCCAAUAAUUUGUGCAUGGAAUUUUUUUUCAAAAGUUUUUGUUUCAUAAAAAACUAAACUAUUCUUCUUUUCUUUUUCAGGUCCACUAGAUAAUGCAAUUUACAGCCAAUCACCAUUAAUUACGCAGAACAAGGUCUUGCAUGUUGCUGGCCAUUCCAUGGGUAACAGGCCUCAUAUGGUUAGUACAUGUAUUCUAUUUUGAUAAGCUAAACUUUUAGUUUGUGGUAGAAAGUUAAAUUUUUUCUGAAUUUUCCUUGGUUUUUUUGAAUAGGAAAAAAAGACAGAACAACCAUCCUUCCCAGAAGCAGUUAUUAGAAAGAUACUGUCAGAGUUAGCCUUGUUUUACCCUGGUGUACCCUUGCGAAAACUUUACAAACGUUAUGCAUCAAAAUUGGAAAAGUACAAGGCAUCCAUUGAAUCAGGUGAGAACAAGCAACUUGCUCUAGAGAGAAAAGUACCAAUGGAUCAUACUAAAAAGGAUGAAAAGUUACUUGAAAGUAAGGAAGGACUUCAAGAGGUGAAUGCGGAUAGUCUACCACGUAAGAUUGGAAGAGGAAAGCGACGACUCUCCAGUGACGGUGGUGUUGGUCAAGAGAAAAAAAUUGCAAGAAAAAGUGGUAUAUUUUCAGCAACAUUGCCUUGCAAAGAUCAAGGUCUAGUAGGAGAUCAGUCAGCAAGAAAAUCAUGCAAGAAAAGACAGAGAGAAGAAGAUAAGGAUCACCUUCAAGAGAAGGCCUGUAAAGGUAGAAGAUUGUCCACCAGACUUCAGGAAAAGAAACAGACCUGUGCUGAAGACAAAACUGUUGACAAUAACGUACCUCAAAAGCUUGAGAUGUCGUCUAGCAGAAAGAAGCGAAAGAGAACAACUGAUUGUGAUGUAGAUGUGACAGAAGUAAUUCAUACUGUUUCUAAAGAGCAACUUACAUGUGCCAUGCCUGGUGCUCCCACAGAUUCUAAAAGUGAUAAGACUGUGAGUGUUCUUAGUGAUGCUCUGUGGACUGAUUUGUAUCGUCCUGUUCAUUCUACUGAAGUUAUGGCAAAUGCCUCUGCUGUGAGCAAACUGAGAUCCUGGUUGGGGGAAUGGAAGGUAAAGAGAGAGAAAACUCUCCGAAAAGAACUACAACAACAGAAAAGGUACACAUUAAUUUUAUGCUGUGUAAUUUUGAUAACUUGAAGGGAUUUGACAGUGGUAUAACAUCAUUCUCACUUUUUUCAAAAUUAAUAAUACAGAAAAGUAGAAAUGUAUGCAUGACAUUGUCUUAGUUUAGACUUAGUUUAAGUUACAACAGUCUUUCUUGAUUGAUGAAAGUAAUUAUGGCCGAAGAUUUAUCCAUUUGUUUCCAACUACCAGAAAAGGCUUUUUUGGGGUUUGCACAGUCUUGAAAAGUCCUUGAAUUGCUAAGGAAAGUCCUUGAAUUUUCUUCAACUUUGAAUGUACUGGCCUGGAAAGUGUUUUUUAAUGCUUUUUGCUUGUCCAAGACACUAUAGAAUCAUAGCUGGUGACUAACAUAAAGUGCCUUUUGUUUUAUGCACUAAUUAACUAUCAAUUAAUUUUUAUUAAGACAAGUGAAAUGAAAAAUUGUGAAAUUGGAGGGGCAAACAGUUCAAACCUUAACGUCCUGUUUGAAUGAACUCCCAAAGGGGAUUUCUGUGCAGUGUGUGAAAUAAUAACAAUCCUAGUAAGUGGUCUAAGAAAAUUGAAUGUGGUCCUCUUGAAAGGUCCUUGAAAAGUCCUUAAAAAAAUGGUUGUGAUUUUUCGUAUGAACCCUGUUUUUCAAGCCCUGUUCAUGCAGCUUAGGUGACCAAGCUACAAUAUUUUCCAGUUUAGAAAAAUAGACCUUUUUAGGCAUUUUUGUGUCUUUUGCCCAUUUCCAUGCCAACUGUGUGCAUAAGUGUUAUUACAUAAUGUUUUUGAAAGUCGCAUUGCCCUCCUAGUUCUGCUUUUUGAUGCAACAACAACAACAACAGCAUGUUAGGUAAUCAAAUUGGGUAGUGAGAAAAAACAGACAAAAUAAAAAAAAAUUGAUACAAUACUAGAAUAUUCACUUAUUUUUUUGAUGAUGAUGAUGAUGAUGAUAUACCUUAUUUUUACACUCAUUGUUUUGCCAUCUCCGCCCACAAAUAGCAAUAGCUAGACAAGGUGGGCUUCAAUUACAACAAUCAAUGCAACAUCAAUACAACAUCAAUUUGGAGGAAAAAUAGUAGGUACCAUAUUGGUUAAGAUCACCACAAUAUUGUAACUGCUUGCACUAUACUGUACUGUUUUCUGCUUUUCUAGGCUUUUAGCAAAGCAGAAAAACAAAGCAUCAAGCAGCCAAACCAGCAGUCAGACAUUGGAGUGGUGGGAUGCUGACAGUGACUCUGACUUCCAGAUGAGUGAUGGUGAUUCAGAUGAUAGUGACAGUGAAGGGAUUGGACUGAGUAUUGCCAUGUUUAUUUCUGGUCCUUCCGGAGCUGGGAAGACUGCCAUGGUGUAUGCUUGUGCUGACGAACUAGGCUACAAGGUUUGUUUCUUUAUUCACCUGUAUUGAUAAGUCUGUAGGUCUGCACCCUGGCAGCAGAGUCUUUCUUUCGCUUGCCUGGUUUUGGCAUAGCCUAGCAAGACUCUGCAUGAAAGGAGUAAGAUUUUUUUGACCACGGGUGGCAUGUUACUAUGAUGUACAGGUUUCACACAGAGUCUUGAAUUCUUUAAAAAGUCUUGAAAUUUCCCCAGCAGUUUUCCAGACCUGGAAGAAGUCUGUAAAAUAGAGAUAACGUCUGCAAAAAUGGUAAAAAGUCUUGAGUUUUUUCCAAAGCCAAAAAAAGCACUUUAUAAGUUAAUUUUUUUUUCAUUUUGGGCAAAUCUUAUUCAAUCUUGCCCAUACGUUUGCAGGGCAUCAUGAAAAAAAGCUUUGUUCCUGCAUUUUAAAAGUCUCUUUUGAUCACCUAUUUGAUAACCUUGAGUCUGGGAAAAUGGAUGUAGGCUCGAAGCCAGGCCUAAUAGCUGCGCAGUUGCUACAGUGGGCUCAGUUAUGACUGUUGAUUUAUCAAUAAACAGAUGAAAAAAAAAAAAAACAGUUUGACAAAAGAAAACAAGAUUGACUAGUCCAGACAUUUGGGCUGCAGCAACCUCAAAGGCUUGAUGUGAUACAGGUAAAGGCUUCUUUUCCACUCCUUGAUCAAAAAGACAAAAAGGUCAUGCUCUUCUCACUGGGUGAUAGGGAUAAGUUUACAUUUCAGGGAAACUGCCCACCUACCCCUCCCCUAAGCCAACAUUUUGCCCUAAGUAAGAACUAAGUGUUAAUGUUGGUUUAGGGGAGGGGUUGGUGGGCAGUUUCACUGAAACGUAAAAUGAUCCGGUGAUAGAUAUACAGUGUCCCUCUUAGAUUUCACCCUACCUCAAUUUGUUUCCCCAGUGCUGUCCAUGUUAUAAAGUAUUUUGGAGUUGGUUUUUCUCAAGAGAGUUGCGACCUGAGUCAAAAGUUCUAAGAGUCAGUUUAGACUAUAGUGAAAUCCUGUUGUCCCAACCAUCCAUAAUUUGCUGGGUGGUACAAUGUAUUAUUUUAAUUCAAAAAAGAUGGUCUUAUUGGAUCAAUUUAUUAGUUUAGGUUUCUGGGAAAUUACCCACCUAUCCCUCCCCUAAGCCAACAUUAUCACUGACUUCUCACUUAGGGCAAAAUGUUAGAUUAGGGGAGUGGUAGAUGGGUAGUUUCCCAGAAAGCUAAAUUGAUCUGUCUUAUCUACAGUGUUGUUGUAAUGAAGGCUUCCACUAUCUGUUUUUUUUAAGAUUGAUUAAUCCCAUUCCAUGGCUAUGAAACCAAACAACAAGUUUUGUUUUCCUUUUUAAAGGUAUUCGAAGUCAACAGUGCCUCCAAACGCUCUGGCAAACACAUCCUUUCACAGCUUGAAGAAGCCACUCAGUCGCAUCUGGUUACCAGCAACAAGCCAACAACAACCAUUAAGGGUCCGGUCCCUGAGUCAUCAUUUGCAGGUCUGUUCAGUAAGCCUGAGGCAAAUUCGUCCUGUCCAUCUGGACCCCUGGGGGCCUUAUUUCAGCAAGCUGGAGAAGCUUCAAAGAGCAAGGAAAAGAAGGGUGUAAAAGGAAGCAAGGGGAAGAGUGUUAAGGAGAAGAAAGGAAAGUCCAGAGCAAAGGGAAAAUCUAUUCUGAAGCAGCCAUCACAAUCACUAAGUCAAGAUGGUACAGAGUCUAAUUUAUCUUCUAAGGCAGCGUCAUUGAUUUUGUUUGAAGAGGUCAGUAGUCUUCCUAAGCUUACUUACAUACCUAGGGUGAUCCCCUGAUCGAAACAAUGGAAUAAUGGACAGCCUGUUCUUCCUUCUGGGAGUGAAGUGAUAAUUGCUGUAAGGCCGUGAAUUUGCCUUGUUCGAAACUGGUCUCUCUCGUUACAGUAGACAAACAUAACUUGUGAUCCUUUUCAUCUACAGUGUUUCUUCAAGGGUUUGUUUUUGUACAAAAUGACAAUAUUGGUGCACUUUUAUUGCCUACUGGAGCUAAAAAGGAUUAUUCCAGUGCAUCACAUUGUGCCAAUUUCUCACUAACCAGCGGAUACACUUUUGAAGGGGAUUUUUUAUUGUUAGAGUUUGUUAUUUUGGGAAAAUAGCAAAUUUAACCGUUUGUAAACCAUCGUGGUGAAAUGGGAGGCUUGGGCUUAUUAACUUUUCCUACCUACAUGAAUAGCGUGGUUAUUCGAGGUGGAUGCUUAUUUGAGGUUGGGCACUUAAUCGAAUAAAUACAGUGGCAGGAUUGAUAUCCUACUGAGGAGAAUCGCUAGAAUGAACCGCGAAUCCGUGCUCUUGGCAAUCAAAGUUAAAUAAAUUAUAGUACAUAUAAUUAUGUUCAUCUCCCAGUGUGAUAGGGCUUGAUUUUAGUUUAAAAGGACCCUUUCAGUGCCCUCUAGGAAACUAAUUUCCACUUGCGUGGUUAUUUUGCAUCCAUUUGUCUCAAAGUAUGUUGUUUUACAAGUGCUAAAUAUCAGUCAACAGUGAGUUUUCGGUUAUCUUACCCGUUUAACGGUAUAGCAUUAGUCUACAUGCACAGUUUCGGGAAAAACAAUCUCCUUCAUCUUUCCAUAGUUAGUAACUAUGAUCUUUCCCACAUAGCCGCUUUACUAUGUAAGAAAGAUGAAGGAGACUAUUUUCCCCGAAACUUUGUGUGCAUAUUAAGGACAACAACAACUCGCCACAUUGUAAGUUUCAUCGAUUGUUAUUUCCAUUUUCUAGCAAAUUUCCAGACCUAAACUUCGCCCCAUAUGUUCUCUAUAUUUACUCAUGUUACGUGACACAAAUAGUGACCCUGGGUUACCUGUGCCAAAAGUUUUGAUACUCAGGGAACCUGACAGUCACCGUGUCCUUGCAUUUUAUUUUAGGUGGAUGUUAUAUUUGAAGAGGACAAGAGUUUCUGGAUGGCUGUGAAUUCUUUCAUGCAGAAUGCUAAGUGCCCAAUUGUUUUGAUAAGCACAGGUCAGUGACUGCUGUGGUCACCAAAAACAUACUAGUAAUUGAAAUGAAGAUAUGAUCAUCCGAGUGGUAAUAGCGGAGCUCCACGCGCUUUUGCGCAAGCAUAGCCCUAUACCUAAGAAAAUGUGGUAAUAUACGCAUCCGAGAAAUUGUGGUAAUCAGGUGACCGUCUGCCCGUCCAUCCGUACCACAGGCAUACCAAUGUAAAAUAACUCAAUUAACAGGUUAUGCUAACCCAAAUGCAAUUCGAGGUUAUUUUGACGGGAAAUUGCAUAGCCACCCGCGUCUUGUGAAGCAGAAGACAACUAGAGAGUCAAUAAAGACGAAAACGGAAAGCGGAUAUUGUUUCUGUAUCCGUAUUACCCAAAGUAUUAAGCUUAGAUUAAUUGUCAUGUCCACAAAUUUGGAAUAUAGAGGAAGAGAAGGACAGAACCGAAAAAGUGAAAGUAGGCGACAGGUCAGCGAAGCUCAACGAGAAAAAGAGAGACGGAGAGCUAGAGUGAGAGAUAUAAAACAAAGGAGACAUUUUUUGUUGAAAGGACAACAUGAAAAUUUUGUAGCGGCUGGGGGAAAAAGAGAAAUGCUAGCGGCCACUAAGGUGAAAAUGAACGGCAGUGAAAAAGCAAAAGGAAAAAAAAAAAAAAAAACACGGAGGACAUUUCCUCCAUAAAGCGUGUAGCUAGGAAGUUUUGUAACUAGGAUUUUGCUAUCAUGGCAACGUGACGUAACGACUUCUCCUUUCUAUUACUUGUGUCGAACCAGUCUCCUGGACUCUGAAAUCUGAUACUAUAUGUACAAUUUACAGUGUAACACAAAAAUGUACACUGGGUUAUGCGUUUUGGCCUUCCGUUCAUGCUGAGACCAGCCAAAACACUCUGAAGAUUAGUGUGUUGUAAAUUAAGAUCUAUCACAUAUGAUCAAGGUUCGCGCAUAACCAAGCAAAAAUAUAAGUGAAAACGUAUUGUUGCGCCGUGCACCAACUGAAUUUUCCGUGGCUGAGUGUGGGCGGUCAAAACACAAGCUUUUGUAAUAUCAUGGGACUGUAGGAGAGAGCUCUUGACAGGGUGGGGGUAGUAAGUUGGGAUCAAUUUAGGUUUCUGGGAAACUGCCCACCCACCCUUCCCCUAUUUCUCACUUAGGGCAAAGUGAUGACUUAGGGGAGGGGUAGGUGGGUAGUUUCCCAGAAACCUAAAUUGACCCGUAAGUUGAGCUAUUUUUUGACUCAUGUUGUGUGUUGUGUGUUUGUGUGUUGUUUUUCAGAAUCUCAAGUGAGCUGUGAAGGGAGGUAUGAUCAGAUAAACGUGAAGUGUCCUUCGGUGAACCUACUGUCAGCUCAUUUACAGCUGGUAGGACUGAUGAACAACAUAUGUAUUAAUCCAGAAGACCUCAAGUCACUGGUGGCGCACAACAACUGCGAUAUCCGUAAGUCUUUUCUCAACCUACAAUUCUGGUCAGCGUCACGUGGGGGGCUGAAGAUGCCAUACAAAAGGCCCGCAAACUUGAAUGACUCCUCCCUCAUUUUCAACACGAAUCAAACUACCCAAACCAGUGGUCAUACUAGAAGCGCAGAGUGUGUACCAACAAAUAGUCUAUCCCAAGACGUGCCACAGUCUCAUCCUACCAUGACUGGUGGAGUUUUGGAUGAAGGGGGUGAAGAAAGUAUGUUUCUCUCUCUGAGCGACUGGCAGAUAAUCAAGAGUGGAGGGCUCAGACGAAGUUCACGUUCUUCGCGCAGUGCCAGUUUGAAACCAACUGAGGCUGACAACUCUGACUCAGAUUUCUGUGAACCAAAAAGGAAGACGCUGGUAUGUGCGGACGGUUCCACUGAUUCCGUCUUUGAAAUCACUGACACCAACGACAGCCAGCCAGUCAACAGUGACAAGAGACCAGAUGACUCUGUGCAACUUCCUUUUAUGGAUGGUCUACUGUUUGAAAGCGUCCUUGGCUUGCUGAACUGUUUACAGCAACCAGCUGAAGGGUCACUGUCAGCUCUGCAGAAAGGAGCGAAACCACAAGAUGAACUACAGGUGUUACUAUGGUUUAUUCUAAAAUAUGGUCUAUAAAUAGCCCAUUUCCGAGUUUCCUAAAGCCUCUGUUUCAAAGUGAGGCUAAGUGCAAAGCCAUUGAUAUGAAAGUGAUUUAACUCAUUUUCACAAGAAAGGUUUUGCACCUAGGCUCGUUUUGAAGGUGAUGAGAGUUUUUGGAACUCAGAAAUGGCCUAUUAGCAACUGAAGGCGCCUUUGUUACGAUCGAUGCAGAUCCAGUCCUGCAUUAAAUUAAAAACUCCUUUCCGUGAUGAAUACUCCCUCUAAUUCGCCAGAAUGAGCUCUUAAAUGCGGUAUUUCUCUAAAAAGGUCCUAACAGAGAGGAGAAGUCGUUACGUCACGUUGCCAUGGUAACAAAAUUUUUGGAUGACAACAAACCGAAAACGUCACUUAUAAAGUGAAUUGGCACCGCUUCAAACUUCAUCGAUCUUAUUCAGUUUCAUUUAAUUUGGCAAAUGUUGGCGAAAUUUCCUCGAGUUGAAUCCGAAAGGACCGUAUCUGAGUUUAGAAGAGGAAAAAGACAACUUUUGUGUUGUGUUCACCUACUCUAUAAAGUAAGCGUGUGAAUAAAAUAGCGUGAUGCACGUGAAAAAUUGGUUUGGCAAUAAAAACUUUUUACUUUUUUGCCGUUCUCCUUCCGUCGCCGUCGUCGUUGGUGUUGUUGUCAUCCAUAAAUAGUGCUACCAUGGUGACGUGACGUCAUACUUCUCCUCGGUAUAUAAUAAUAGUGGUAACAUCUUUUUUCCUUUCUAAUCGCUUUGUAGACUUGUUACUUAGUUACUUGAUAUCUGAUACGGCUAAAAGCAAGGCAAAUAAUGGUUUGUUCAUUAUUUCGGCAGGUCCGUAACAUACCCGAGAAGUUACACCUGUCGCAUUUUAGCCAAGUUCUUGGCGUAAACCUUACCCAUGCAAACCUUAGCGGCCUUCUGCCCUUUUUUGUGGAUCCAUCCGUUUCACAGCAGAAGGAGGAAGUGCCUGACCAGUCUGAAGCCAAGGAAAGUAACUCUGCGCCUUCUGAUAUCGCGAAAGAUGUUACAACCAAGGGCGAGAAUAUGUUUUCAGGUAUAUUUUCAGAUACUAGCCUCUUUGAUGAUGGCACGGAGCCUCCCAUUAAGAUUACUAAGAAGAAAGAAGGAAUAGAGAAAGGGCUAGAGGAAGGAUUAGUAGAGGCCAACAAGAACGCACCGAGUUCCCAGGACUCAACGGACACAGGGUUCAGUGAGUCACAGACAAAAGAGGAGACUGGGGAGAGUGGCGAAGGUCAAAAUCAUGAAAUGAAGACAGGCAUCGCUGUUAAAACAGGAAGUGAACUUGUUCACCGGAAGCCAUCCCAAGGUAUAUGUCAAACUGAACAUGUAAAUAUACCGUAUUUCCUCGAAUAAUAGCCUUCCAUCGAUUAAUCGCCUCCUUCGGACGGAAAUAUUUAAAAUGAUCGCAUUCCUCGAAUAAUCGCCUCCCCUCUGCACCUCCCACCAUCUUAUCUUCCUUUUAUCCCCUCCCUGUCAAGUGUAAGUGCAAGGUGAUCCAGCAAAACUGAUAAGUGACGAUUCAAGGUGUGAAAAUUAAUCAAGGAACUAAAUUUGGAACACUUAAAAAACCCAUGUUCAGUUAGCCGAGUUUGAUGUGAAUAUUUUUUUAUUUAAUGGCAUAAUGAAACAAAGUACAUUCAGGGCACGACUUCCAGUGAGCAAUAUUUGAAAUAAUCGCCUUCCCUCGAAUAAUCGCCCCCUUUUUGUGCGAAAAAAGAAAUAAUCUCCCCCGGCUAUUAUUCGGGGAAAUACGGUAGAGCCAAAACGUUGUUUGGUGCAUUCAGCUUUUCAUUGUAAUAGCUCUGUGAAAAAGAUCUCUUAGUCUUGGGUUUUUAGUUUUGUCAAACAUGGACUGUCAAACUCAUCGUUCAGUUUUCUUUUCAGGCGAAAAAUUAACCAGCAAAGCUCUCGAAAUCUUUGCACAGUGUGCAGAAAGCAUGUCAUUUGCUGACGCCUAUUGUCCAAACCUUUCUAACACCCAGUCCAACUCGGCGCGGUUUGGCUGGUGGGGAGCGCAGCUGAAACCUGGACUUACAGACGAACACGUGACUGUGGAGGAGUCAAGCGAUUGGCUGGCUUGUGAAACGCGUUCAUCUAUCCGUGGAGCGUUGGAAGUGGCCAAUUUAGAUGAUUGUUUUGUCAAAGUUAAGUCUUUGUCUGAAGAUCUUACAGAAACUGGAAAGUCUCCUGUCGAAGAAAUCACAGUAGAUCAAACCUCCACAUGCAAAAGUGUGCUAUGUGACUUGGAAAGAUUAUCAUCAGAUUUUCCUCCACGUGAUUUCAAUUCUGUAGUGCGUUUGGAUGCAGUCACUCAGGCACAAAAGAGGUAAGAUGUUAGCACAAAAGUCCUUAAGAUAGUGGUGCAAAAUUCGUAAUAAUCUGUGAAUUAUGGGUGCCCUCAUGAAACAGUGCCAGUGCUUCAUUUUGGAAAAUAAUUUGCAGUUCUCCUUGCCCCCAUCUUAUACAAUGUUGAAACUCGGAAAAAAAAAAAGUCUGGAUACACCUGUCCAACGUUGCUUGUGGGUUGGGAGGAGUGGUUAAGCAUGUGUGAUUUCUAAAAAGUAUUUUCCUAAGACUUUUGUCCAAGACUGUAUCUAGCUAGCUCAGUAAAUUGUUAGUUAGUCAGUAAGUCAGUAAGCCAGUCAGUUAGCUAGCUAAGUACCUUGUUAGUAGGGUUGUAACACCAACUAGCCGAGUGGCCGUCAGAGUAAAAACUGCGUUGUUGUCUCUUUUUUAAAUGUUAAUGACCACAAAAAGUUGAUUAAAACUGGUUUGGCGGAAAAUUAAAAUAAUCAACCAACUGGCAGUUAAGCAUUUGACAGCCCCAAGAUUUUAUCCAGGAUUACAAAUUAACUGAUAAUGAGUUGUUGUUGCUUUUUUUAGUUCAACUGCAAGCCGACGGAAACUUUACAGUUGCCUGAGUUCCUGCAUCCCCGUUCUCAACCACUGUAACCAUUGCAGUGUAGUAUGUGACUACAUUCCCACCUUUCGCCUGCUUUGUCACUCUGAAAGACUCCGAGAGGCAGCUCAUAUCAAAAGAAGGUAUGGAAAAUCCUUUAGUGACUUGCUUUGUUAUUAAUAGGGCCGUUUUUAUGAGGAAAUAUAAGACGCGUCCUAAAUAAGGGUGGAUUUUCACUGUCGCUUAAUUUACAUGCGUACGCGCAAAAAGUGUAUGUGCGUAAAUACAAUAGAGGCAAUGUGUGAAGAGUCGCGCGUAAACGUAAGAGUUGAAACUCGCUCAACUCCUACGUCUGUAUUCGACUCUUCAUAUAUUGCCUCUAUUUCAUUCAUGCGCGUACGCACGUAAAUUACGCGACAGUGGCGAUCCACCUUAAGACGCAAACUCGUAUAAAUGGCACAUUUCUUUUGGAAUAAGACUCGAUUAGAUAAGACGCGUGUUAUCUAAGAACAACCGUUAACACCUGUUCUUAGAUAAGUCGCGACUUAGCUAAGGCGCGUCUUAUUUCAGACGAAAUGCGCCGUUUAUACGGGACAGUUUGCGUCUUAUUUUUACUCGUAUAAGUGGCCCUGAAAACAUCGAUGUCGCGUCUUAUUUCAGACGAAAUGUGCCGUUUAUGCUGGACCGUCUGCGUCUUAUUUAGUACGCGUCUUAUUUUUACUCGUAUAAAUGGCCCUAUUGUAUAAAACAUCGAUGACGGAAUUUAAACAAGUGUUUCCAAUUUUCACGGUUACUCAACAUUAACGGGCGCAACUCGCAAGAAGUAGGGCUAAUUUUGGCGAGAAGGGCAAACCUAGUCUGUCUGCAGUUUCCAGUUGUCCUUGAAAGUCGGUCGAACUGCCUUGCCACUUUUUGUUGUUUUGCGAGCAGUCACGUGUCGUUUCUUGACCAGUCAGAAGCAACUCAGUAGUCAUGACGGGUACGCGCUCUUUUUCCCGUUCCUGAGACCCGCAACUUGUAUUUUUUUUUAAAUUCUCCUUGGCUCAGAUGAUUGACGUAGCUUGUCGUGAUUGGUUAAUAGAGAGGAGAAGUGUGGCGUCAUGUGACCAUGUUAGCAAAAUUUCUAGAUCUCAACAGUCUUUAUUGAUAGAGAUGGCCAUUGGCAUUGUCGAACGAUGGAAGAAAAGUAUGGGCUCCCGUUUGUGCAGUCAUGCACAGGAAAGUCAUACAAGUCUAUUUUUUCUUUCUUUUUUUUUUUUCUGCCACAUUUGCAGGACCAUGCUACCAUGGCAACAGAACGUAACGACUUCUCCUUUCUAUUGCUUUAGAUGUAGUUUUAAGUCCUAAACUGUAAAGUAUGUUUUUCCUUUGCUAGAUUCCUUCAUUAUCUGGACUCUAAUUCGUUCCCCAUUAACCGUGCAACCAUGGAUGCCUUAGCCGACUCUUAUAUGGUUUCUUAACAUCAACGAAGGAACGCGGUUUGUCGUUUUUCCCAUGAAGCAAUGCGAAUGACUCUGUUUUUAGUUCUAAACCUAAAUAAUGCAUCAUAAUUAGUUUAUCCUAAGUAUCAGAAUAUCCUCUUGUAAAUAAACCUAUUCAGCCACAUGCGAAGAAAGGCUGCUGUAUUCUAUAUGUACAUUGCUUCUCUAGGCGUGUUUUUAUUGAUUAUGGUCACUGUUUGGUCAUACAGGGUCAAAAAAACCAAGUGUAUAGUUUGACUCAGGCUGCGCUCUCUCCCCUAUACCCCCUUUGAAAAACAAAACGCGUUUGCUUUUAAUGUCACAUUUACGCUGGUGUGUUUUAGGUAAUUAUAAUAGCAAAGGCGGGAACCGUCCUGGAAAUAUUGAUUUCCUCGAGACAAAGAGCGGAGAUUCCAGGGACCUUUCAUUUUUUCGAGAAACAGUGGGUGGGAAAGGGAACUUUAGCAUCAACUGAAAGUUCACACUGCUCAACCUCGUCCCCAGCGCUUUUCCCUUAAAAAAUGGCUCGGGGGGGCGGGGAGUUCUUUUUCCCGCCCCACCCAAUUUUUAAGGGAAAGGCCCUGGAGACGAGGUUGACACUGCUGUGCCCAGCCCAAAAUAUUUAUUAUUGUGGCCCUUAACGAACACAUUACUUGCAGAAAUCUAUCGCAGACAUCCUAAAGAACAGUGGUGCUUGGCGUUAAAAUUAAUAAACCGUCACCAAAGUAACGACAUGUGUUCAGGGCGCUGAUUAUUGACUUUUGAAAUAAAUAGCUAGGUGUGACUUUUUACCGUAAAUAAUUUUGUGCGAACUAACUAC